CGUGUCGUUUAUUGUCCCAAAAAGAUGUUAAAAAAUGGUCGUCGUUUCAGGAUUCCUCCGUCGUACAACGAAACCACGCCUUUGGUGGAGGUCCAUUCACAACCACGCAUCAUUCCACCAACCGCCGCUGCGGAAACUGCCGCCAACCUUCUACCUCGCUCGGAUGUGCCAAAACGCAGAUACUCUCAAGAAACUCCACGCCACCCUCAUAGUCCACGGCCUCUGCGGCGGAGCUGACCAACUCCUCUCCGCCACAAAGCUUCUCAGCCUGUACGGCUCUUUCGGCUUGGUUGGCUCCGCCCGCCGCCUCUUCUACCAGCUCCCUUCACCUGACUUGUACUCCUUCAAGGUCAUGAUCCGUUGGUACUUCCUAAACGACAUGCAUUCCGACGUCGUUUCAAUCUACGACCUUGCCAGAGUAACACUCGGUGCCUUAAACGAAGACGUCGUCUUCUCCGUCGUACUCAAAGCCUGCCGCGAGCUCCGCGACGCCGUUUCGGGGAAGCGGCUCCACUGCCACGUCAUCAAGGCCAGCUAUCCCGACAGCUUCGUCCUCACGUGCCUCGUCGACGUGUACUCCAAGUGCGGCCUUGUCGAUAGUGCACGCCACAUGUUCGACGAAAUAUCCGAACGAAAUGUGGUGUCAUGGACCGCGAUGAUCGUUGCUUACGUGCAAAACGAGUGUGCCGGAGAAGGGUUGACGCUUUUUAACAAGAUGAGGGAAUGUUUUAUGUCUGGGAACGAGUUCACUGUUGUGAGUUUGGUGAAUGCGUGCACAAAGUUGGGAUCUUUGCAUCAAGGGAAGUGGGUUCAUGGGUAUGUGAUUAAGAGUGGGAUUGAGGUUAAUUCGUUCUUGGCAAGUUCUCUUUUGGAUAUGUAUGUCAAAUGUGGUGACUUGAGGGAUGCACAGAAGGUGUUUGAUGAUGUUUUAGCCGUUGAUGUUGUUUCAUGGACUGCGAUGAUUGUGGGGUAUGCCCAAAGGGAUCACCCUAACAUGGCAUUGGAGUUGUUCAGUAGUAAGAGAUGGGAAGGACUCUUGCCGAAUUCCGUUACCCUUUCGAGUGUGCUCUCUGCUUGUGCUCAGAUUGGGGAUUCCCUUUUGGGAAGGUCACUUCAUGUUCUUGCGGUUAAGCUUGGGUGUGAUGAUGAUCAUGCUGCGAGGAAUGCUCUUAUUGAUGUAUAUGCCAAGUGUGGUGCCAUGUCGGAUGCUCGAUGUGUGUUUGAAACCAUCCUUGAUAAGGAUGUUGUCUCUUGGAAUUCGAUUGUUUCCGGUAGUGCUCAGUGUGGUUGUGCUUAUGAAGCUCUUGAGCUGUUUCAAAGGAUGAGGUUGGAGUCAUUUUCCCCUGAUGCGGUUACAAUUGUUGGUGUUCUUUCGGCUUGUUCUUCCCUUGGUGCCCUCCAAUUUGGUUCCUCUGUUCAUGCUUUUUCCUUCAAGUGUGGUCUCAUGUCGGCCAGCGUGUAUGUUGGCACUGCACUCCUCAAUUUCUAUUCAAAAUGCGGCGAUGCAAGAUCGGCUCGCAUGGUGUUUGAUGGCAUGGAGGAGAAGAAUGCUGUGACAUGGGGUGCGAUGAUUGGUGGAUACGGCAUGCAAGGCGAUGGCAGUGGAUCUCUUGCUCUAUUUAAGGAUAUGUUGAGAGAAGAAUUUGAGCCUAAUGAUGUGUUGUUCACAACUAUAUUAGCAGCUUGUAGCCAUUCAGGGAUGGUUGGAGAAGGCUCAAGGCUGUUUGAUAUGAUGUGUAGUGAAUUGAACUUUGUUCCUUCCAUGAAGCAUUACGCUUGCAUGGUUGAUCUUUUGGCGCGUUCCGGCAACCUUGAUGAAGCAUUAGACUUCAUCGACAAGAUGCCAGUUCAGCCUAGCGUUGGUGUGUUUGGAGCUUUUCUCCAUGGUUGUGGACUCCAUUCGAGGUUUGACUUAGGAGAGGUUGCAAUCAGGAGAAUGCUGGAAUUGCACCCUGAUGAAGCUUGUUACUAUGUCCUUGUGUCAAACCUGUAUGCUUCAGAUGGAAGAUGGGGCAUGGUUAAGGAGGUAAGAGAGAUGAUAAAGCAAAGUGGAUUGAGCAAGGUCCCGGGUUGUAGUUCAGUGAAAAUUGGUAUUAACAAUCAUCAAUAUGCUAAAGUAGCAGCUAUUGCUUAGACAUAUUGCUUUCAUUUUGCAAGUUCAAGGGAUGGUGAAGUCAAACUAGUUGCUCAUACUAGUGGUUCCAUGAAGGCAAGGUAACAUUUUAUCAGCAAUCCCGAGAACUAGAAUGAAAAAGUUCAAAGGAGGAUUAGAAGAUUGGAUAUGCCAAUUGGCAAAAGCAAAAGAGGCUAGUGGCCUAAAGGUAAGGGUGAAUUUGGAUAAAGGCCAAGGUAAGACAGGAUCAUAAAAAGUGGCAUUGCACACAAAAACUGGUGUGAUCCAUUUUGCCUAAGCAGCAGCCGGGUUGAAUGGUUGGCUAUUCUGUGAUUGAGGAGAAUAUCAAUCAAGAGAAGAUAAAGCAUAGUUAUAGGGAGGAAACGAAAUAACCCUACUAACUUUUUUAUUUGUCAUCCACUUGACUCAACGAGUCAUUUCCCAUUUCUCCUUUAAACACCGCACCAAUAGAGUGUUGAUCCGAGUGAAAGGUUCAGAUCCUUUUAUUUUAUA